CAAUGUUCACCGUUACCGUUAACGGGAAUCCCCCGUCAAAUUCUCGUACUAUCGCCGCGUACGAUCGCUAGUGUAACGACGGCUAUCUGUGAUAAUCCGCUGACGUCGCUCGAUGACGAGACGGACAUAUCGAACCGCGUUUAUUUAAGUCACGUGUGAUUUUUCUUGUUAAUUAACGGCGAAAGAGCUCGGUACGCACGCAUGUGUUACUUUUUAACGCCGACCUUUGCGAGUCUGCAACGGAGCCUUAUCGCGCAAAGCUUUGUGUUUUCUCCGUUGACGGAACUCGUCUCGGGUUUCGUUUCUCACUCGAGAUUCCGUUCCUUUGUGACUUCGUUAUUCCGCUUUUCGUUGGUGGUUACAUAUGAUCCGAGAAAACGCUAACACCUUGCCGUAUGAGAGUUAUGUCAGACUAUCGGCUUUCUUUUCUUGUCGGCUGCUUGAAUUGGUUGAUUUUCCUCGCCGGCUCGACGGUUGUCCAGGAGAACGCAGCGGAGGUCGGCGUCGCGCCCAGAAUCCUGUCGCGACCUAAGAGAUACUUGAUUUUUCCGCAGGGUAGUAAUUUUCAGUUAGUGUAUUGUCUGACUAUCGGAGCGUACGGCCGAGACGGUGAUUUGGUGCUGGGACUGACAGCCGCCUUGGCCUGGGAACUUCCGAAUAAGGUCGACUCAAAGAUAUCGAAUUUGCUUCACCGUAGAAGCCGGAGCGUCGUAUAUCCGAAAAUGGAGGCUUUCUUGCAAUCCGCCGGCCUCGAUGGCAGAUCCUGCGUGAUGAGGGCACUCUGCGAGGCAGGCCAGCGAGAUCCUUCCCAGAUAGGCACGGGGUCCUUCGUCCAGGAGCUCCUUCAUGCAAUUUUCACAUUGCCAAGAGACGGUGCCAGAUUCGAGCGAUCGCAGGACCGCGCUUACGAUCUCGCGUACGAGGCGGGCGGAAGCUGCGAACGGCUGUAUCCCACGUGUCGGCACUCCAUUUACGACGUGGACUUUUGAAGCUGCGGCAGAAGCUGCGACAGACCUUUCAUCACGCCGUCCGGCAGGCCGCGGAACGUAAAUCUGACGAGAAACUUGCCGCGAAGCCUCGGCAAAGUUUUUCUGGCAACCGGCCCGUUGCCGCGGCGAUUUUUCCGCCUGACGCAUCGGCGGCCUCGCGCAUCGUUUCCGCGCCACGCGUCGGACUGACGACUGAUAAAACGGUCAACUUGUUGUGUUGUCGGCUUAUCGUCGCUACGAACUUUUCAAACGCCGAUCGAGUGCCGUUUCGCCGUUCUCUAUUGAAAGAGAAAAGACUCAGCCGCGUGAGAGAUAAGUUCGUGAUUAACGUAUUAUUUGCAUAAAGUUUGAAUUUAGUUGUCUGUUGAAUUAUGCGUCUAUUGUUUCAAACAAAUAUUUGUAAAAUAUCUUUAGCUUAACGUAUUACUUAAGUAUAUGUCGACGUUGCUAUUUUAUCUACCUGUCACGUAUAUUAAUAUUUGCCAUCGUAUUAAUAAGUGACAUAUGACAAUAGGUAUAUGUAUUAUAAUAAUUGUAUUGCGUACGUAUAAAAUUGUUUUACAAUAGGUCAGAUAAUUACAAAGAGCACAAUAUAUAUGUGUGAAGCAAAGAUGAAAAAUGAAAUCGACAAGUUGUUUGCUUUCUAGAGGAAAGUUUCCUAUUACGGGAUAGGUUUCU